GUUUCCUUCCCCUCCUACAUUUCGCGCGGGGAGUUGUCUUGUUGGGAGUGUUUUUCUUUUGUCAAGCGUCAAGACAAACUUCUGCCAUGGCUCUGGUGAUGGAGCCUGUGAGCAAGUGGAGCUCCGCUCAAGUGGUGGACUGGAUGAAAGGCCUGGACGACUGCCUGCAGCAGUACAUCAAGACCUUUGAGAAGGAGAAAGUCGGAGGCGACCAGCUUCUGCGCAUCACCCACCAGGAGCUGGAGGAUUUGGGAGUGUCCAGAAUUGGCCACCAGGAGCUGAUCCUGGAGGCUGUGGACCUGCUCUGCGCUCUGAAUUAUGGGCUGGAGACGGAGAAUCUGAAGACGCUCUCGCAUAAGCUCAGCGCGUCUGCCAAGAACUUGCAGAACUUCAUCACGGGGCGGCGGCGCAGCGGCCAUUACGACGGGCGAGCCACGCGCAAGCUCCCCAACGACUUUCUCACUUCUGUGGUGGACCUGAUCGCUGCUGCCAAGAGCCUGCUGGCAUGGCUGGACAGGUGCUCCUUUUUUUUCAGGUCUCCCUUCGCCGCGGUGGCAGAUUACUCCGUCACACGAAACAACGUGAUCCAGCUGUGUCUGGAGCUCACGACUAUUGUACAACAGGACUGCUCUGUGUACGAAACAGAAAACAAGAUCCUGCAUGUGUGUAAAACGCUGUCUGGCGUGUGCGACCACAUUAUCAAUCUGUCUUCGGAUCCCAUGGUGUCCCAGUCUGCACACUUGGAGGUGGUGCAGCUCGCCAACAUCAAAUCCACUGAAGGCUUGGGCAUGUAUAUCAAAUCAACGUACGAUGGCCUGCAUGUAAUCACUGGAACCACCGAAGGGUCUCUGGCUGACCGCUGUAAGAAGAUCCAUGCCGGAGAUGAAGUCAUUCAGGUUAAUCAUCAGACGGUGGUGGGCUGGCAGCUGAAGAACCUGGUGAAUUUGUUGCGUGGGGACCCCGCAGGUGUCACCCUGACACUUAAGAAACGCCCACAGAGCACGCUCACAUCAACCCCUGCUCUGCUCAAAAACAUGAGAUGGAAACCAUUAGCUCUGCAACCCAUCUUCCCUCAGAGCCCCAGCAGCAGCGUCGCGACGCCCACCAGCACUCUGAGCACUCCGUCCAGGCGGAGUAGCUGCGCCCUGCAGGACCUCUUCAUCCCCCCUCCUCCAGCGGAGCCCUACACCCCCAGAGACGACAAGGGGAACCUGCCAGAGGACGAUCCUCAGUCGGAGGCGCAUGUCGCCGAAGGAUCCGAGUCUCCAAACUCGUACCUCGACCAGGAGUGUCGGAGGCGAUUUCCUCUGGUGGAGGAGGAUUCUAUACUCUACUGCUACGAGUACGACCAGAACCAGGAGGUGUCGUCGGUUCGCCGAGGGAGCACUCCCACCUAUGGCAGGCUCAGGCCCAUCUCCAUGCCAGUGGAAUACAACUGGGUGGGAGACAACGAAGACCUGGCCAAGCUGAAGAGAGAGAGCCGGCGAGAGAAUUCACUGCUGCGCUUUGCGAGCGAGGACAAGCCCGGCGGGGAGGACUUCCUGCUGGGCCGCAGCCUGAGUCAGAACAGGAGGAAGGCCGACCGAGGAGGCAGCCCCACCCACUACACGCUCGUCCCCGCCCUGCAGAUGGAAGUGUCCCUGUCCACGUCCAGCUCCGACUCGGCAUCUCUGUAUCAUGUGUUUGAGCGAUCUUCACUAUUGUCGAGGUCUAAAAAGAAGAGCAAAGGUGGAAGCCCUCUGUCUUCAAUCAGCAAGCGGCGGAUUUCCUGCCGAGACCUGGGUCAGGGGGACUGUCAGGGCUGGCUGUGGAAGAAGAAGGAUGCUAAAACCUAUUUUUCACAGAAGUGGAAGAAGUAUUGGUUCAUCCUGAAAGACACGUGCCUGUACUGGUACAUGAAUGAAGAGGAUGAAAAGGCAGAGGGUUUUGUCAGCCUCCCAGAGUUCAAGAUAGAUCGUGCCACUGAAUGCAGAAGGAAGUUCGCUUUCAAGGCUUGCCACCCGAAGAUAAAGACCUUCUACUUUGCUGCAGAAAAUGUAGACGACAUGUCCCGGUGGCUGAGUCGUCUUAGUAUGGCGGUGGCAGGCUACUCGGAGCAGGAGAAAAUGCGCCAGGACCAAGAUUACUGGAGUGAGAGCGAUCACGAGGAGAUGGAGAUGGCCUCCAUGCCGAAGCAGGACAGCCCGCCCCCGCCUUAUGACACCUACCCCAGAGCAGCCUCAGUGAGCCCUUACCUGGAGCCAAAACGCGGCCACCUCUCCUCUUCGGACACGUUCCAGUCCCGCUCCUCUCACGAGGACUUCCACUCCGAGCCUCAGGAAAGCAGCGGCAACAACGGCGUCUCCUCCGGGCAGAAGACGAGCGGCCACCGAAACUCGUGGCACGACCAGAUGGAGGGCAACUCCAGGAUGCACUACCUGCAGACGUUCCCCGUGGAGGACUCCCUGCUGACGGAGGACCGAGACCAGCUGGCCAUGGAGUACCGCAGGCAGUCCACCCUGCCGGCGCAGCGCAGCCUGCUGCAGGAGCAGUACCGGGCCCUGCCGCUGCCGCUCCGGGCCAGCAUCGACUCGGAGGCGGGGGGGAAACCCCGCAGCUUCACUCUCCCCCGGGACAGCGGGCUGCACGCCAUCCUGGCCGCCACCGCCGCCGCCGCCGACCAGAGGGAGCCGCAGCACUACCAGCUGGACCGGCCCAGAGACACAGGUCACGGACGAGACUGCAGGAUGCAGACGGACUCUCUGGUGGAUUUGUACCGGGCUCUGGAGCAGACUAACCUGUCCACCUCUGCCGAGCACAGAUCAGCCAGCCGCCUUGAGUACAAGCGCUCGUUCGUCCGCAGGGUCAACGAUCCCCUGCUGAACGACAAGCUUCACCGCCUGCGGGUGCUGCACAGCUCGCUCAAGAACGUCCCUCUUCAAGACACCAACCGGUCGCUGGGAUUUUUGGGGUAGGAUCGGUUUUGAUGACGUCUCGAACGCGUCGCCUCUGCCUGUGCCUCACGCCGCCGGCAGGCCCCCCGCCCCCCCCCCCACUGCAGGAGACAAAAGGCAC